AUGAGAAAGAUUCUCUCCACCUGGUGCUCAAGUGAAGGAGAUGGUGGCUUGGAAAUGGACUUGCUUGAGGACCUUGAAUCCCUGCAGUUUGAGUAUGGGAUUCAAGAGGAAGACUGCAGCUGGCUGUAUUUGCAGGGCCGUUCUCGAGGGCUGGUGAUCAAGGCCUGUGCCCAUGCAACUUUCUUCUGCAAGCUACUCUGUAAUUUGAGAGAAUCAUUACGUGAGAAGCACACUUCCAGGUGUCUCUUGACUGGAUUGCUUGCUGACACUCCCGAUGAUGAUGAUGAUGAGUUAAAGGUGGGCAUCAUUGGAGGUGGCCACCUUGGGAAGCAGCUGGCUCGUGCACUGCUUCAGCUUGUCCCCAUCCCUGCUGAGAACCUGAGGAUUUCCACUCGCAGGCCAGAGGCCCUGGAUGAGUUCCAGAAACUGGGAAUCCAGUGCUUUUACCAUAACCCUUAUCUGGUGAACUGGGCCAACUUGAUAUUCCUCUGCUGCCUGCCAUCUCAGCUGCCUACUAUCUGUCUGGAAAUUCAAGCCCGCCUGGAAAAAGGUUGCAUUGUGUACAGCUUCGCAGCUGCUAUCCCAAUAGCCAGGUUGAAACUCCUGCUGAACCACACCAAUAUCUUGCGGCCUCAGUAUCAGUGUGUUGAAGAUUUUGUCAACAUCUGGGGGGCCAAUAAGGAGAUCACAGCUGCUCUCCAAGAUCCUGCGACCCUUCAGGCUACCUGCCCCUACAGUUCUGCUGGGGGAAUAAUCCUCAAUAUCAAGUGGUUGGAGGGAGUGUUCUACGCCAUCCUAAACAUCUGCACCGCAAAGGACAUGCCCCACUUACAAGUGCUGCAACAUCUGAAUGAACUGUUCCUCUCUGUGCACUUUGAAGACUGUGAGAAGGAUGGAGCAUCUUGCCCCAAAUUUCAAUUAGGUGAUUUUGUCAACCAAGUCUAUACCAAGAACCUAUCUCAGAAAAGGCCUUUCCCCUGGUUUGAUCUGACUGCUGUGCAACUCAAGGAAACUCCCUUUAGUCAGCAGCUCUCAACCAGUACUGCUCUCCAGGACCACCUUACCCUUCUAUACUGUGAUUCAUUUGGCAUCUCCCUAACCAAAAAACAGCAGCCAGUGGUCUCCAGAGGCUCUCCCUCCCAAUAA